AUGGAGCUUUCGGAUCGGCUUAUUAUAUCCAAGCCAUUGUACUUCACGGAACCUAACGAAAAAUGUGGUUAUUGUAGCGGCAAGAAGGCAAACAAGUGUGAUUACUUCGCAACUGAGUCAUGGCACAAGUUCCAUGCGCUCGACGCAGACUCGCUGCAGUUCAACAACUGCACGUUGGGUUUGCAAGUCGAACUGAUGCCUGUGGAUGUGUAUGAUGAGCUAUGUAAUCUCGGAUUUCGGAGGUCGGGAAACUUCCUCUACAAGGCUGAUAUGCUGCGUAACUGUUGUCGGCUCUACACCAUAAGAACUACUCCAGAAAAGUGCCAAAUGUCUAAAGAAUUUAAGAGCUGCAUUACACGGUUCCGAAAGCGGAUUGGUGCUCAGCGAAGCGAGCUACCUAAGGGGCAAGACCGUAAGGGGAAGUUCGAUUACAUUGACGAGAUCGUACAGGCCGAAAAAGUUAGCGAGAAGUUUCAAGCACGAUUCGAGCCUGCAACGUUUAGCACCGAAAAAUAUCAGCUAUUUGUGAAAUAUCAAGAGAAUGUGCACGGUGACUUCAACAACUCCGUGAAGGCCUUCAAGCGAUUCCUCUGUGAGUCGCCUUUCCCGGAAGAUGUUGUAUUAGGCACCCGACAAGAAUGGGAGCAGCUUAACAACUGGCGCGACAUGCAGCCUGGCGAAACGCUGCUCCGCGUCGGCCCUGCACACGAGUGUUACUAUUUCGAGGGGCGGCUGAUAGCACUAGCGGUCACUGACUUUUUGCCUAGUGGGAUUUCAUCAGUAUACUUUAUCUGGGACCCAGAUUUUCCCAAGUGGUCACUCGGAAAACUAAGCGCGUUACGCGAGCUCAGUGUACUGUCCAAGAUAAACCGUAAGUACUACUACCUGGGCUACUACAUCGACGACUGUCCUAAAAUGAAGUACAAACGCAAGUACGGAGGCGAUAUCCUAGACGUGUGCAAUAACGAGUAUGUGCCGCUAGAGCGUGUAGCUCCUCUGAUUGAGCACGGAAAGUUUUUUGUGUUAGGCAGCCCAGAUGCUGCAGAUGAAGACCACCAUAACGAUUUUGACGAUGAUGAAGAAGACGACGACCACAAGAGCGAAGAGGAGCUUGAAGACCGAGCAGUUAGUGAAAUGCCGCUGGACGAUGUACCGAGACUGAACCUAGAAAAGCCCAAUAUUAAUAUCGUUGACUUCAUAUACGGCGAAAAAGGCGGUGCGGUACUGAGUGCUAACGAAGCCGCUGAUAAACUUAGUGAUACGGGUAUUGAGUAUACUCCGACAAUACUACACGAUUUGUACAAGCUAAAGCCGAUCGGCGGGUGGACUACCUCACCAGAGCCCGAGGAACAUUACGAAGAGUGCGAUGGCGACGUACCAGGCUAUACAAACGAGAUUUACCAUCUUCCAAAUGUUGUCCCUGGCCUUUUGCCGCUGUGGCAGAUACUUCACAUCGUCCAGUCCGGUGAAAUACGCCUUCUUAACAACAAACUCAUGCUUUACAAUACAAGAACGGGUCAAAUUCGUCUCGUAAAAGACUUCGAAGCUGAAUCCAAACGUACUAAGCGUGUGAUCUGCAAUGUAAUACGCAUGAUAGGUCUCAAAAAUACUGCUAAAUCUCUCAUUAUUAUAUAG